GUUCUUGUGUAGUGAAGUACUACUAGGGUAUAUGUUUGGGCGGCGUGGUUGCAGCUGCUAUUUAUAAAGCAGUUUGUCUCUGUGACAACUGUCACGUGUAGUCACAUGUUCUCUGUGACAACUGUCACGUGUAAUCACAUGGUCUCUCUGACUAGUGUCACAUAUUAUCAAAGGGCAUAAUUGAAGGUGGCCACAAUGGCCAUGCUUGCCUCAACAGACAAAGCAUCCAAUGUGUUUUACUGUACCAACUGUAAGGAGAAGACACCAGAACCCGUUACUCUAGCCUGUUACCACACAGUUUGCCGAAAGUGUCUUGAAGUCCAUCAAACAUUCAGCGUGGAUAAACACAUCUACUGUCCUGUGUGUGAAACAAACACACAAUGCUCUGACGAAACGGACAGUCUGCGAUCACUGUUAAAUACAUGUAUUGGUAGUGCCUCUUGUACGUUAGAAGACCUGUUAUUCAAACCCGAGCCUGAAUAUUGCAGCGUUUGUUGCCUACACAACCAGCGCAAUGACGUGACCCACCAGUGUGUUGACUGUGGCGAUGUUCUGUGUGGUGUGUGUCAGGCAGGGCACCAAGCAUCAAGCGCCACGUACUCACACAGGGUCGUGGCCAUUGGAGAUGUGAAAACUGGGAAAUAUGUUGUCGAGGCAAAGAAAAGAAGCUUUCCUUGUGGUGAUGCCAAUCAUAGGGGAAGGGCUUGUGCAUACUUCUGUCAGUCCUGUGUCAUUCCAAUUUGUGAAUUGUGUUUGUUAUUUCAACAUAAAGGUCAUGAGAUUCUUACCUUGGAUGAGGCUGCCAAGAACUGUGCAACGAAAUUGGAAGAGCGAUCACAACAGCUUAGUACAUAUGUGACUGAAUCUGCAACUCCUAAGUUGGAAAGGUACCGAAACCUGGAGCGAGAUAUUUCUUCAAUACAAGAGGCUGCACUUAAAAGUAUCAGGAACAAGACACAGACAGCUGUGGAUUUAGUUCUAAAACAGGAGCAGGAAGCUGUAAAAAAACUUUCAAAAUUAUGUGACCGGCAGCUUAAACUCACAAGUACCUUAAACACUGAUUUAGAGCAGAUGUCAAAUCUGUGCCCCAAACUGUUGUCUCUUACAAACUUAGUUUUAAGAUCGGGGCAGGAUGUGGCAGUUCUCAUUCUUCACAAUGACCUUGAGAGUUGUUUUAAAGAAAGUAAGCAAUUACAAGAUGCCACUGAUGUCUUUGCUUCCAAACUGAAAGUGCCUGUGUUUGAUGUGAGAUGUGAUGUCCCUCCGAAAUCUGUCAUCAGCAUCACACAUUCGUUUCAAAAUGCCGUCGUAGGUGAUGAAAAUAUCAAGAAGGAUGAGACUAUACCAUGUGGCGAGUCCUGCAGUUCUGUAUCAAGCACUUAUCCAGGGAGUACUGCCAAGUCUGGGGAUGGUUUAACCAGGAAACAAGCUGAGGGGAUGAAAGACGUUUCUUCUUCAACUUCACUUAGACCUAAAACCCCCAUUGCCAAAUCUAAUCAUCACUUGUCUGACACCGUGAGCAAAUGUCUGGCUGGUGAAACGGUAAGUGGGAUCCCGUUUGCAAUUGUUGCUCCAAGAGUGAAGUUUGAACCUUCCAAAACUGGAUUUAUCAUCACUGAUGUUUUGUGUAGCAAUGAGAACCUUGUCGCCGAGGGUUCUGCAGAAGAUGGUACAUCAUCAGUCUAUAUGAGAAAUGACAGCGACACCUGUCAGCAGGAAGACUACAGUGGGUUCAAGUUGACCGAGUCUUUGAUGAUAGUAGGUGAGGCUGGGAAAGCCCUUUCAUCAAGGUGUUGUUCUUCUGGACAUCCAUCUGAGGGUCCACUCAAUAGCAUGAGCUUGAAGCUUGAGGAUUCAACAAAUGUGGAAGUCUUUGUACAGAAUGCCAUCAGGCAAGAAGGUACCCCGGAUUCCCUGAUGACCGAACCUAUGGAUAGAGGUGUGCCAGAUUCACCGAUGAUCUCUAGAAAAAUGAAUGGAGAUAGCUCAGAUUCACUUAUUACAUCUGGACCUAUGACAGAAGACAGCUCUAGGUAUGGACCUGUUGGGUUAGACAGCUCUGCAUCUGUACAAACGUUUGAUGACAAACAGAAAGCCCAUCGAAAUGUAGUCACUAAUGCAUCUGGACCAGGGAACAGUGAUACUACAGGCAUGACCCCAGCUGAACCAGGAAACAUCGAGACUCAAGAUAAGAUGUCAGCUAGACCAGGGAACAGUGGGACUCCAGACACCAUGUCAGUUAGACCAGGAAACAGUGGGACUCCAGACAAGAUGCCAGUUAGACCAGGGAACAGUGAGACUCCAGACACCAUGUCAGUUAGACCAGGACACAUCGAGACUCAAGAUAAGAUGUCAGUUAGACCAGGGAACAGUGGGACUCCACACAAGAUGUCAGUUAGACAAGGGAACAGUGAGACUCCAGACACCAUGUCAGUUAGACCAGGAAACAGUGGGACUCCAGACAAGAUGCCAGUUAGACCAGGGAACAGUGAGACUCCAGACACCAUGUCAGUUAGACCAGGACACAUCGAGACUCAAGAUAAGAUGUCAGUUAGACCAGGGAACAGUGGGACUCCACACAAGAUGUCAGUUAGACAAGGGAACAGUGAGACUCCAGACACCAUGUCAGUUAGACCAGGGAACAGUGAGACUCCAGACACCAUGUCAGUUAGACCAGGGAACAUCGAGACUCAAGAUAAGAUGUCAGUUAGACCAGGAAAC